CCGUUAGGGAGGCUGUGCGCCUCAGCUGCCGCCUCCGUCGCCGCUCCCGCCCCCUCUCCCGCGUCUCCGCCGCCGCCACCGCCGGGGACAUCCGGGGGUCGCUUAUCGGGCUGGCCCCGUGCCUCAGCCGCCGCUCUAGACCCUCGCCAGCGGCCGUCUUCGGAAGAGGCUUGCCGGCCGCGGACGCGCUCGAGGCCUCAGUUCUCGUCCUCCUCCCGUCCCCGCGGGUCCUGGAGAAGCGGCCGCGGCCGGGGAACGGGGCGUCGCGGUUCCAACGAUUAAUUGCUGAAGUACUGAUCGAAUUCUGCGUUUCUUCAAUGAGGAACUACAGGCUGAUCUUCUGCCAUAAUCUCAAACAGCCAUAAAUGACAAAAGAAUGCUUGCUCAGUGAGGGUAGCUGGUGCAGAAUUCGUUUUUUAAACUUAGGUGUUUAAGUACUCAAAGAAAAGACAGCUUUGAUUUCUGGCUGCAAAAAAGAUAUGAGGAAGAGCUCCUCCCCUUCCUUGAGUAACUGCAACUCCGUUCUUGCUAACAAAAUAUUUGGAAUUCCACUUGAUGAGCUGCAGCAGGGAGGACAUCCAGACAAUGAGGUUCCAUUCAUAGUCCGCCACGUUGUGGACUAUAUUGAGGAACAUGGAGGUCUGGAGCAACAAGGACUUUUUCAAGUCAAUGGAAAUGCUGAGACAGUGGAGUGGCUUCGGCAGAGAUACGACAGUGGAGAAGAAGUGGAUUUGGUUAAGGAAGCAGAUGUUCCCUCAGCUAUUAGUCUUCUUAGGUUUUUCCUUCAAGAACUUCCUGAACCUGUUAUCCCUGGCAGUUUGCAUAUUCACUUGAUGCAGCUUUCUCAAGAUUAUAAUAACGAAGAUGAAUUUGGAAGAAAGUUGAGGUUCCUCUUGCAACAGCUUCCACCUGUUAAUUACAGCUUGUUAAAGUUUCUGUGUAGAUUUUUAGCCAAUGUAGCAUCACAUCAUGAAGAAAUUUGGUCUGCAAACUCUUUGGCUGCUGUCUUUGGUCCAGAUGUCUUCCACAUUUACACAGAUGUGGAAGAUCUGAAAGAGCAAGAAAUAGUGAGCAGGAUAAUGGCUGGACUUCUGGAAAAUUACUAUGAGUUUUUUGAAAAUGAAGAGGAAGACUUUUCAUCUAAUGAUUUGAGUUCAAUUACUGAACAGGUUAAUGAACUUUCUGAGGAAGAAGAGGAAGAUGAAAAGCUGGAACAUAUAGAAGAACUUCCAGAAGAAGGAGCAGAAAAAUCAAAUGACAUGCCAGAGGUGGUACAAUUAAGGAUGACUGAAAACAUCCUGGAAGCAAAUAGUGUUACAGCAUCAACAAGUGCCCAUAUAUCUCCCACCAGCAUCUUACCAGCCUCUGCAGACAUUUUAGACAGAACAAUUAGGACAACUGUGGAACAGCACCUUUUUGAUCUGCAGAGCAGCAUAGAUCAGGAUCUUAAUUUACAACAGCAAAGUCUGGUGUGUAAUAAUGAAGCAGGAAGUAUUAAUUGUGAUGGGGAAGGAUCUAAUAACCAGGUUGAUAUUGCUGAUGAUGAUAUUAAUGCCAGUGAAAGAAGCAGAGACUGCUCAGAACCUGUGGCCAGCACUAAUUUAGACAAUGAAGUUAUGCAGCAAGAUUUUGUAUUUGAUGAUGAAGAAAAUAACCAGUCUGUAGGUAUACUGUUAGAGCCAUGUGGUGACCAUGGUGAUAGUGAAGAUGGCUGUCUUGAGAGGAAAGAAUAUUUGUCAUUUGACAGUGAUAAAUUGUCGCACUUAAUUCUGGACUCUUGUACCAAGAUAUGUGAUUUGAAUGCCAACACUGAAUCAGAAGUGCCAGGAGAUCAAAGUGGUGUUCAAGGAGAAGCAGCAUGUGUCCAAAUUCCACAUUUAGAUCUGAAGAAUAUUUCUGAUGGUGAUAAAUGGGAAGCAUCAUGCCCUAUCACUUUCCCCCUCAUUGAUUUCAAAACAAUGCAUCUGCAGAGAGAUGGGGAGGAGCCAUUUCCUGCUUUUAAGUCUUGGCAGGAAGACUCUGAGUCUGGGGAAGCUCAACUCUCUCCACAAGCUGGAAGAAUGAAUCAUCACCCCCUGGAAGAGGACUGUCCUCCAGUAUUAUCACACCGUAGUUUAGAUUUUGGGCAAAGCCAGCGUUUCUUACAUGAUCCAGAGACAUUGACUUCCUCAUCUAAAGCACUGUCUUUUGCUAGGAUUCGAAGAUCAUCCUUUAGUUCAAAAGAUGAAAAAAGAGAAGACAGAACACCAUAUCAGUUGGUCAAGAAACUUCAGAAAAAAAUCAGACAAUUUGAAGAACAGUUUGAAAGGGAAAGAAAUAGCAAGCCUUCUUACAGUGAUAUUGCAGCUAACCCAAAGGUAUUAAAAUGGAUGACAGAGCUUACCAAACUGCGGAAGCAAAUUAAAGACGCAAAACACAGAAGCUCUGAUGGAGAAUUGUUACCUCAGACACGUCCACGUAGUAACACUCUUCCAAAAAGCUUUGGCUCUUCUCUAGACCAUGAGGAUGAAGAGAAUGAAGAUGAAUCCAGGGUCAUUCAUAAGGAGAAGAAGCCAUCUAAGGAAGCAACACUGGAACUUAUUCUGAAAAGACUGAAGGAAAAACGUGUUGAGAGGUGUCUUCCAGAAGAUAUCAAAGUGACCAGGGAAGAAAGGCACAUUGUUAAACCUCUCUAUGAUAGAUACAGACUUGUAAAACAGAUGUUGACAAGAGCUAGCAUCACUCCUAUCCUUGGAUCUCCAUCCACCAAGCGAAGGGGUCAGAUGUUACAGCCAAUCAUAGAAGGAGAAACUGCACAUUUUUUUGAAGAAAUCAAGGAAGAAGAAGAAGAAGGUGUUAGUCUGUCCUCUGAGUUAACUGAUAUAUUGCAAACUGCUGUACAGGCACAGUCUUCACUAGAAACCUCAGAAUCUGAUGUGGAGGAAAAUCAAGAAAAACUGGCUCUGGAUCUCCGAUUGUCAAGUACUCGAGCAGCAUCUAUGCCUGAAUUACUGGAACAACUUUGGAAAGCCAGAGCUGAAAAAAAGAAACUACGUAAAACAUUACGGGAAUUUGAAGAAGCAUUUUACCAACAAAAUGGAAGGAAUGCCCAGAAAGAGGAUCGUGUUCCAGUACUUGAGGAGUACAGGGAGUACAAGAAAAUUAAAGCCAAGCUUAGGCUUCUUGAAGUUCUUAUCAGCAAGCAAGAUUCUUCAAAAUCCAUAUAAAAAUGCUUGAAACAUCAUAAAAUCAGUUGUAUUCCCUAAAACUAUCAUCGUGUGUACUUGGCUGGUACUUUUUGUCAGGCACUCAGAAUCUCAUUUUGUAAUUUGGUUGUGGUGCCACUAGAGAAAUGAUGGGGGAGGGUAAGUAGACCCUCUCUAGGGAGCACAAUGUUCCAUAUUAACCACAGACUGUUCUCUCUACCUUUAACAAACAUCCCGUUUUCUUCAUUGUUUUGUACUACAGAUACAUCCUAUUAGAAAAGACUAGUAUUUUAUCCUUUCAACCUCAAGGACUUUGGAAGUACAAGCUUUUUGUUACUACCAACUUCAUUGUUUUUUCAUUACGGAAGAAAAUUAAGAGGAAAAUCUUCACAUUGAAUUCUUUGGUUGCCUUUUUCUUACACAAUGACUGAAAAUUUGAAAGAAAAGCAUAUAAAUGUGCACAUAUGCUCCAUGUUCUAUGUUUUCUUCGAAAACUAAAAUCAACUGAAAUUUCAAGUCCUACUGUGGAACACAUUUCUGUUUAAUUCCCAAAGUAACACUUUUUCACAGGUAGUAUGUUAACAAAAUUUUGCAAUUCAGUGGUCACACAGCUCCUGGGUCAAGAUAAGAGAGGUUAGACCAAAAAGUGACCUUGCUUAUUCGUAUAGUGAAAACACACAGAACUGAAUCAUACCACAUGCUGCCUAUGGGACUUAAAUUACUAUUUGUUUUCUCAGCUACUGUUCAUCAACUGGUGAUGAUGUGAUUUGUCUGGAUCAGAUCCUCCAUUUUUUCUCCCCACUGACCUCCAGAUAAUAUGAGUAAAGAGCCAUGUCAGUAUGUAGGAACUUGGAUGGUACUCAGAUUUGUGUGUUCAAUUAAAUGGGCCGAAAUUAGCAAAAGAAUCAUUAUGCCUGAAGUAAAUCUGUUCUUAACAAGGGCUAUACCACUGCAUUUUUACAUGUACCUUCAGGAGGUUGCAUCCUUUUUUUCUCUUAAUCAGCAAAAUCCAUAAAGAAAACAUCUUUUAAAGGGAUCACUUUUUGCUCAAUCACAUGGUGUUUAAAGCGCUGGUCACAAGAUAUGUAGUGGUGUGCCCCUUGUUAUAUACUCUAAGCAUAUCUUGUUUUCUUUGGCUUUGCAUGGCUUUUUCUUUGGGUACUCACGAGGUAUCAUUCUGCUAAUCAUUUUCACAGAAUGGUGACUUUGUGUUAACAAUGUAACUGUCAUUAAUAGCAUAUUCCGGUCAGGCUCAAUCUAAGUGUUCAAUUUUUUUCCGGUGCUUUUUUGGAAUGAUGAGUGUCUUACUUUGAUUGUGCCCAUGUUUUGCAUGUAAUGACUCAUGCUUGGUUUUCUUAACUAGUUAAUAUUAACAAUUUGUUCCAUACAAAAAUGGACUUUUGCAACAUCCUUUAAUAAGAGGAGGGAAGCAUGGACCUCAGUCUUCUGGCACUAUUGCAUAGUAAGCCCAUGAAGUAGCUUGAUAAUAAGUAGUAUUUCUAGUGCUUCAUAUUUCACCUGUGUGUGCAAUGCCUUUUUUGCAGGGAGGGAAUAUUCAUUGGUAGUGAACCUGUAGUUAAGGAGUACAGCACUAAAUCCUGCCCUUUGCAUGUCCUUUCUUUUGAUGCAGCUAGGUCAUUCAUAAUGUAUACCUAGAAAAAUGAAAUUGAGAAUGCCAAAAGAUCACUUUGAUUUGAAUCCAUCAUGCAGUGUGCAUUUAGUUAAUUUCUAUCACUCUCCAGGCAGGAGUAUAUCCAAACAUUUAAUGUGCACUGUAUAUUGUUUUAUAUGAAUGUUUUAUUUUAUAUACCACAUGCAAAAAUGUCCAUAUGCACUAUUUAAAUGUUUUAAAUAAUAUAUUCCUUCUUUGUAAUGCUAAAUCUAUAUGAGUACCAUAUUUUUAUAAGUCAGUGGCCUGACUGGUUUCAUUUUAAAAUUAACAGCUGCUUCAUGAUAUUGGUUAUUCACUGUUAUUGUUUGGCUGUGAAUAGAAUAGAUAAAAGUGGCAUGGCAGCACCAAUGCUGUGUGACAAUAUUGUGUGUCAUAGUUGAGCUGUAGGUGGUAGAAUAAGGCAGUUUGUGAUAGUUUUACUUUGGUAUAAGUUAAAACUGAAUAUCUAUAUAUAAACAAUAUAUAGAUAUAUACAUGACUACCCGUAUAAUUGCAUUGCUGUGUCUGGCACUUCAUUGUAUAGACUUUUGUAAUAAAAGAACUUUGAUGUUCUGA